GGCGCUGUCAAGCCGAGCGCGCGGGGGGCGGCGGAGAACACCGAAGAGGCGCUGGCAGGAGCCUGUCUGUUGCUGCAGGACAAAAAUGUUUCACUUAAGGACUUGUGCUAGUAAACUAAGGCCAUUGACUGCCUCACAGACUGUUAAGACAAUUUCUCAAAACAAACCAGCGGCAGCACCAAGGACGUUUCAACAGAUCAGGUGCUACAGUGCACCUGUUGCUGCUGAGCCAUUUUUGAGUGGGACUAGUUCAAAUUAUGUGGAGGAAAUGUACUAUGCUUGGCUGGAAAAUCCAAAAAGUGUACAUAAGUCAUGGGACAUAUUCUUUCGCAAUGCCAAUGCUGGAGCUGCUCCAGGUACUGCUUACCAAAGCCCCCCUCCAUUAAAUACCAGCCUGUCAACCCUGGCACACGCACAGUCACUGGUUCAAGCACAGCCAAAUGUAGAUAAGCUGGUGGAAGACCAUCUUGCAGUCCAAUCACUUAUCAGGGCAUACCAGAUCCGAGGGCAUCAUGUAGCCCAGCUCGACCCCUUGGGCAUCUUGGAUGCUGAUCUGGACUCUUCCGUUCCAGCCGAUAUUAUCAGUUCCGCAGACAAACUGGAUCUUGCUGUAUUCAAGGAGCGGCUGAGAGUGCUAACAGUAGGAGGGUUUUAUGGCCUAGAUGAAUCCGACCUGGACAAAGUCUUUCACUUGCCAACUACGACUUUCAUUGGAGGAAAUGAGUCCGCUCUUCCUCUUCGGGAAAUCAUCCGCCGUUUGGAGAUGGCUUACUGUCAGCACAUUGGAGUAGAAUUCAUGUUUAUUAAUGAUCUUGAACAAUGUCAGUGGAUAAGGCAGAAAUUUGAAACGCCUGGUGUCAUGCAAUUCUCCAGUGAGGAGAAACGCACCCUGCUGGCCAGACUAGUGCGUUCAACCAGGUUUGAGGAGUUCCUGCACAGAAAGUGGUCUUCUGAGAAACGGUUUGGUUUGGAAGGCUGUGAGGUUCUGAUCCCUGCGUUAAAGACAAUAAUUGACAAGUCAAGUGAGAAAGGAGUGGAUUAUGUUAUCAUGGGAAUGCCUCACAGAGGGCGUCUGAAUGUCCUUGCCAAUGUUAUCAGAAAGGAGUUGGAGCAAAUUUUCUGCCAGUUUGAUUCUAAGCUAGAAGCUGCAGAUGAAGGUUCAGGGGAUGUAAAGUACCACUUAGGAAUGUAUCACCGAAGGAUUAACCGUGUCACUGACAGAACCAUCACUCUUUCACUGGUUGCAAAUCCUUCUCAUUUGGAAGCUGCUGAUCCUGUUGUUCAGGGCAAAACAAAGGCAGAACAAUUUUACUGUGGGGACACUGAAGGAAAGAAAGUGAUGUCAAUCCUUUUGCAUGGAGAUGCUGCUUUUGCUGGUCAGGGAAUCGUUUACGAGACUUUCCAUUUGAGCGACCUGCCUUCCUAUACAACAUAUGGGACAGUUCACGUGGUGGUGAACAAUCAGAUUGGAUUCACGACCGAUCCUCGUAUGGCCCGUUCUUCCCCAUACCCAACAGAUGUGGCUCGUGUGGUUAACGCACCCAUUUUCCAUGUCAAUGCUGAUGAUCCAGAGGCUGUGGUGUAUGUGUGCAAUGUGGCAGCUGAAUGGAGAAGUACUUUCCACAAAGAUGUAGUUGUGGAUCUGGUGUGCUACAGGCGAAAUGGGCACAAUGAGAUGGACGAGCCGAUGUUCACUCAGCCAUUGAUGUACAAGCAGAUCCGAAAACAGAAGGCCGUGCUACAGAAGUAUGCUGAGACCCUGAUUUCACAAGGAGUAGUAAAUCAACCAGAAUACGAGGAGGAAAUUUCCAAGUAUGACAAAAUCUGUGAAGAGGCUCAUGCAAGGUCCAAGGAUGAAAAAAUCCUUCAUAUCAAGCAUUGGUUAGACUCUCCAUGGCCUGGUUUCUUCACCCUGGAUGGCCAACCUCGGAGCAUGACCUGUCCUUCUACCGGCUUGACUGAAGAAGAUUUGGGCCAUAUAGGAAAAGUGGCCAGCUCAGUUCCUGUUGAAAAUUUUACCAUUCAUGGGGGUUUAAGCAGGAUUCUAAAAACACGAGGAGAGAUGGUUGCCAAUAGGACUGUAGACUGGGCCUUAGCAGAGUAUAUGGCAUUUGGCUCUCUUCUUAAAGAAGGAAUCCAUAUUCGGCUGAGUGGACAAGAUGUUGAAAGAGGAACAUUCAGCCAUCGGCACCAUAUCUUGCACGACCAGAAUGUUGACAAGAGAACCUGUAUUCCCAUGAAUCAUCUGUGGCCAAAUCAAGCUCCUUAUACCGUCUGCAAUAGUUCUCUCUCAGAAUAUGGAGUCCUUGGAUUUGAGCUCGGCUUUGCUAUGGCUAGUCCCAAUGCUUUGGUGGUUUGGGAAGCUCAGUUUGGCGACUUCCACAAUACAGCUCAGUGUAUAAUCGACCAGUUCAUCUGCUCUGGGCAGGCCAAGUGGGUGAGGCAGAACGGCAUUGUACUUCUUCUUCCCCAUGGCAUGGAGGGCAUGGGCCCUGAGCAUUCUUCUGCUCGACCAGAACGAUUCUUACAAAUGUGCAAUGACGAUCCAGAUGUCUUCCCGCUGAUAGUCUUCACUCCAAAGUCCUUGUUGCGUCACCCUGAAGCUCGGUCCAGCUUUGAUGAAAUGCUGGCAGGCACCCAUUUCCAGCGUGUCAUCCCAGACACUAGUCUGGCAGCCCAGAAUCCAGAACAGGUUAAACGAGUUCUCUUCUGCACUGGUAAAGUUUAUUAUGAACUUAUUCGAGAGCGGAAGACGCGGAAUAUGGAAGCAGUUGUGGCCAUCACAAGAGUAGAGCAGCUGUCGCCGUUCCCUUUUGACCUCCUGCUGAAGGAAUUCCACAAAUACCCCAAUGCAGACCUAGUUUGGUGUCAAGAAGAGCACAAAAACCAAGGAUAUUAUGAUUACGUGAAGCCUAGACUCCGCACAACCAUUGACCGUGCAAAGCCAGUGUGGUAUGCUGGCCGAGAACCAGCUGCUGCCCCGGCGACAGGCAACAAAAAGAAUCACUUGACCGAACUGCAACGCUUGCUGGACACCGCCUUCAACCUCGACUCUUUCAAGGGCUUGUCUUAGAGACACCUGGACCUCGUUCUGUCCCAGCAUCCUGUGUUUGUGGUGUUUCUAUCUAUCACUUCCUUUCUGUGUCCUUAACUACUAGACCUUGUAAAACUAACUUAAGGAGCCUGUUAUUAACCUCUUCCUGCUGUUAAAAGAAGUGCCCCAUCAACAA